AUGUCUCUCCCUCAGCCCGUCCCCCCGUCCUGGAAGGAUCUCGGAAAGUCGUCCAACGACCUCCUUGGCAAGGACUUCCCCAUCAGCAACGUCCAGCUCGAAGUCAAGACCGUGACGCCUACCAAUGUCGCCUUCAAGGUCUCUGGCGCCCGCGACGCGAAGUCGAGCCUCAUCGGCGGUGACAUUGAGGCCAAGUUCUUCAACAAGCCCCACGGCCUCGUCUUCACCCAGGGCUGGACGACCUCCAACAUCCUAAAGACCCAGGUUGAGAUUGACAACCAGAUCGCCAAGGGUGUCAAGCUCGACCUCCAGACCGCGCUCACCCCCAACACCGGUGCGAAGUCUGCGCUGUUCACCACCACCUACAAGCAGCCCGGCCUCCACACCCGCGCGUUCCUCGACGUCUUCAAGGGCCCCACGUUCACCGCUGACACCGUCAUCGGUCGCGACGGCUUCCUCGUCGGUGCUGAGGCGUCGUACAACGUUACCGAGGGCAAGAUCACGAAGUACGCGACCGCCAUCGGCUACAGCGCGCCCGAGUACGCCGUCACCCUCCACGGUCUCGGCAACCUCAGCACGUUCGCCGCGAGCUACUACCACCGCGUCAACCCCGACGUCGAGGCUGGCGCGAAGGCCGUCUACGACACCCGUGCGUCGCCUUCGGGCAACGUCGGCCUCGAGGUUGGUGCCAAGGUCUACCUUGACGCGGCUGCGUUCGUCAAGGCGAAGAUCAACAACACCGGUAUUCUUGCUCUCGGCUACACGCAGUCGCUCCGCCCCGGCGUUCGCGCGUCGUUUGGUCUUGCCCUGGACACCCAGCGGUUGAACGACCCCGCGACCCAGGGUGCCCACAAGGUUGGCGCGAGCUUCACCUUCGACGGUUGA